CCCUAUUGUGGUCAUUCACCUCUGUCCAGCAACUCCUAUCCCAACCUCCACGUGGUGCCGACCGGAAUACGAGUAACCUUAGCGGAGAUCGGGCAACCAACCCCCGGUGGAAACUUUGGUCGUAUGCUGACUGGGAAGGGGGAACGUACGCGGCUGUUUCCCCAUGUUAGGGACGGCGUACAACAGCGUCUGACCCGGAGCGGGCGGCUGAAUCAUGAAACGCGGUGUCUCGCCAGCUAAAUCUAAGACGGCAACCCCGUCGCGAGACUAGCCAUCGCCACCCUAGUAAGGUAGCAUGGCAAAAACACUUUACUACGAAUAAUCAAGAAGAAGAAACGGACCGGAUCAAUCGGCAACGACCUAGGCGACAAAAAAAGGACACUGAUUGGAAACUCGGAACAUGGAACUGUAGAUCGCUUAACAUCCCGGGUGGCGACAGGAUCCUACUGGAUCAGUUGGAACCUUGUCAAAUCGGCAUCGUAGCGCUGCAGGAACUGCAGAAGAAACUGUACGGAGGAUGUGUGGCCGCAGGGCCCAGUACUACCAGAGCGGCGGCACAACAAAUGAGCGGGGUACCGGCUUUAUUGUGUUGGGCAAGAUGCAAAGUCGUGUGAUCAAGUGGCAGGCGAUCAGCGACAGGAUGUGUGUAUUGAGAAUUAAAGGCCGGUUCUACAAUUACUCCAUCAUCAAUGUGCACUGCCCGCAUGAAGGAAGACCCGAUGGCGAAAAAGAAGCCUUCUACGCGCAGCUGGAGGACGUCUACGAUGGCUGCUCGCAGCGGGACAUCAAGAUCGUCAUCGGGGAUUUGAACGCUCAAAUCGGAAGGGAAGACUUGUAUAAACCGGUGAUCGGACACGAAAGUCUGCACACCGAAACGAACAACAACGGCCAAAGAUGUGUCAACUUUGCAGCUUCCCGAGGAAUGGUAGUCCGAAUUACAUUUUUCCCCCGCAAGGACAUCCACAAAGCCACUUGGAAAUCACCUGACCAACAAACAACGAACCAAAAUGACCAUGUGCUCAUCGAAGGACGAUUUUUCUCGGACAUCACCAACAUACGCACCUACCGAGGUGCGGACAUUGACUCGGACCACUACUUAGUGGCGGUUUGUAUGCGCUCAAAACUGUCGACUGUCUACCAGUCACGACAGAGCCGAUCCCUGCGGCUCAACAUCAAGCAGCUACGGAACCCGCAAGCUGCCGAAGUCUACACACAACAGCUUGAAGCGGCACUACCCUUGGCAGAGGAGCUCGGCGCAGCUUCUCUCGAGGAUGGCUGGACCAUGAUCCGCAUGGCCAUAAGGGAAUCCGCGACAACGACACUACGAACAGAGGCGCCGAAUGGCAGAAACGACUGGUAUGAUGGGGGAUGCCAGGCAGCGGUGUCAGAGAAAAACCGGACCUGGGUAAAUCACCUGAGGGUAAGGACGAGAGAGAACCUGGUCAAAUACAGACGGGCAAGGAACGACAUAACCACGAUCCUGAGACGUAAAAAGCGCCAGCAAGAGGAUCGUGACCAUGAAGAGCUAGAAGAGCUGUUCACUGCUAAUGAGACGCGAAAGUUCUACGAAAAGGUUAACCAAUCCCGUAAAGGCUAUGUGCCGCGAGCCGACUUUUGCAGGGAUAUGGAAGGUAAUCUCAUCACGAACGACAGCGAGGUGGUCGACAGGUGGAAGCAGCACUUCGAUGAACAUCUGAAUGGCGAUGCAACAAACAGAAGUGGAACUGGAACGGACCUGGGAGUGCCAGCAGUAGAUGACCGGGUAUCAGCCCCCGAUUUCCACGAAAUUCAGCGGGAGAUUGGGAGGCUGAAGAACAACAAAGCCACCGGCAAAGACGGCCUGCCGGGCGAGCUCUACAAACAUGGUAACGUAACGCUUGCUAGAGCACUACACUGGGUCAUUUCCAAGAUCUGGGAAGAGGAAAAACUGCCGGAAGAGUGGAUGGAGGGAGUCGUCUGCCCCAUCUAUAAGAAGGGCGACAAGCUGGAGUGCUGCAAUUAUCGUGGCAUUUCGCUUGUCAACGCUGCAUAUAAAAUACUCUCCCAAGUUCUAUUCCAACGUCUAACACCUUUAACAAGGAGGUUCGUGGGGCUGUACCAGGCGGGUUUCAUGGGAGCCCGCGCAACCACGGACCAAUUUUUUUCAAUCCGACAGAUUUUACAAAAAUUUCGUGAGUACAACGUGUCCACGCAUCACAUUUUUAUCGACUUCAAGGCAGCCUAUGAUACAGUUGAUCGAGAACAACUAUGGCAGAUCAUGCACGAGAACGAGGAUAUCUUCCCGGAUAAACUGACGCGACUGAUCAAGGCUACCAUGUACCGUGUGAUGUGUUACGUGCGUGUCUCGGGGAUGCUCUCGAGUCCCUUCGAGUCAUGCCGAGGAUUGAGACAGUGUGAUGGACUCUCUUGUUUGCUUUUUAACAUCGCCCUCGAAGGUGUUAUACGAAGAGCGGGCAUCGACACGAGUGGUACGAUUUUUACGAAACGGGUUCAGCUUAACGGCUUCGCUGAUGACUUCGACAUAAUAGCACGAAACUUUGCGAUGGUGGAGGAAACCUACACCAGACUGAAAGCGGAAGCUAAGCGCAUUGGACUGCUGAUCAAUGCGUCGAAAACUGAGUAUAUGAAGGGAGGAGGCUCCAAGGAGAACAAUGUCAGCCUCCCACCCCGGAUCACCGUAGACGGCGAUGAGCUUGAGGUGGUAGACGAGUUCGUGUACUUAGGAUCGCUCGUAACCGCUGACAACAACACCAGCAAGGAGAUCCGGAGACGCAAUCAAGCGGGAAAUCGUGCCUACUUUUCAUUUCGUAAGACGAUGAGAUCCAAUCGAGUGCGCCGCCGUACAAAGUUGAAACUGUACAAAACACUAGUUAGACCGGUAGUCCUCUAUGGGCUAGAGACGACAACACUGCUCUCAGAGGACCUCAACGCCCUUGGAGUUUUCGAACGGAAGGUGCUGCGAACCAUCUACGGUGGAGUACAGACUGAAGACGGAGAAUGGCGUAGACGCAUGAACCAUGAGCUGCACGUGCUGCUAGGAGAGAUCCCCAUUGCACAUCUGAUCAAAGUUUACAGAUUGCGAUGGGCCGGACACGUCGCAAGGAUGCCGGACGACAACCCGGUUAAAACGACCCUUUUCAGUAACCCCUCCGGCACCAGAAAUUGAGGAGCACAGCGUACACGAUGGCUUGAUCAGAUUGAAAGUGACCUACGAGUGAUGAGACGCCUGGGAGCAUGGCGCCAUACAGCCCAGAACCGAGUUGAAUGGAGACGACUUCUUGAUACAGCACGAGCCACCCCGGCUCUAGCCUGCUAGGUAAGGUAGGUAAGGUAACCUUUAUAUUAGAACAUUUUGUUUGAAAAAAUCCGUUGAACAGAAUUUUAUUCAGAGAUUUUUCGAAAAUUGCUUCUCCUGAAAAAUUUGCUCGAUGGCACAUAGACCACUCUGUUCCGCAACGGCUCAAAUGCAUGUGAGUAUGUUUUACAUUAUUCUUUAUUAUAGUAUGAAGAAUAUAACUGUAUUCGACACAAUAGUAAGUUUAUAUCACGUGUAUUCCAUCAAUUUGCAAUGCUCCACUUCUAUUUAUUAUUAGGAAGAAAUAAAAUCAUAAAUGACGUGAACCACGAAAAACAUGGCGCGAACCAGGAUCAAAAUUUCGAUUGCAAUAAAAUUCAUAUCAAUAAUGUUUACUAGACACCAGGUUUUUAGUUUUUUAGUUGAGAAAAAUCUUGCAUUCAGUCCUAGGGUCCCUUGAAAAACAAUAAGACGGUGCGUAUGAUCAAUCAACGUACUUGUUUCGGGAAACACACGUUUGAAAGUUUGUGGUCUAAUAAGCUUCUGUACUGGUUAGUGGAACAAAAUGGACACAACUGUGCUAGAUGAUUUGUGAGCUGACAGCUUUUGACAUCAAAUACUUAAAAUUUUGAGUUGUGUUAGUGUUUCCUUCAACCGAUGAUAUAGAGGUGUAUUUACUGGUCCACAAUGUACUUUGUUUGGAGAUAAACACUCUGGCGAUACACUACGGUUUCCAAAGAAUCCGAUAGUAACAAAGCUACGCAUGGACUUUUGCUGUCUUUCAGCAGAUUAUUUUACUACCGAAAACACCAGACUUUGCAGUGUAAGUGAACUAGAAAAUAAUUGCAAGUGAUGAAUAAAAUGUUUUUUGUCAUUUUGAAUAGGUGUUCAUUACGAGCGGGAUCUGUACGUGGCCGGAGCCAACGGGAAGCUAAGACCUAUACCUGGUGUGCUUCAAGAUUUCCAAUGCAAAACUCAAGUGAAAGAAACCAGUACGAGAGCACCCGAAACAAAUCAAAAAACCUUAGCGGUUGCUGUAAUUGUACAUAGCUUUAUCAUAGUUUGACUAUGUUUUCUAUUGUAAAUACAUCAAUUCUACAUUAUAUAUAAUUGUUUAGAACAAUAAAAAAACACUCUGUUUGUCAUUUUUACGAUGAAAAGAGGGGUUGUGAUGUAUCUUCACAGCCAUUUUCAUGCAUUCAGAAGUCACUGACAAUGUUUUUCAUGGUAAAAUUGUUGCGGGUGGUAGAUUCAACAACAAAAGACGUUAGGACUGCUACUGCUGCUGAACUACUGCUGCUGCUAGGACUACUGCUGCUGCUGGGACUACUGUUGCUGCUGGGACUUUUGCUACUGCUGCUGGGACUGCUGCCGAUGAUGAAUUGUUGCCUCCAAGCUGUUCUGUGGAAACACUUCACAACAUUACAGUAUGGUCCAACGAUCAACUAGAAGGUUCAGAACGGUUCAAAUGGAUCGGUAGACUUGCUUCAGCGGGAAAGCCUAGACUGAUACGAACGAUUCAGCGAUUGCGAUAUCGAUCGGGCAAGCAAACCUACACCAUUGAAAUGCUGCGCACAUAUACAUAAACGAAAACAAAUAAAAUAAAUUAAAUUAUAGUUCAAUAUAUUG